UUUUCUCAGAGCAAUUAAUAAUGUGUGUUCUUUGCCUGAGAGGCAGGCAAUUGUUUUUGGGUAACUUCUUGAUUUAGGUUUAGUUUUUAAUAAAAUCAAAAAGAUGUUGUGCUGCCCCGUGGGACCAAAUUGCCCAUGUGUCAAACAGGCCUGUCCUCCAAACCAACUGGAAAAAUGUGGAAUGCGUUACAGACAGCCCCAAAGACCCAGAUCAUACAAACCCAUAAGGACUUACUGUUGUCCACUUCUGCCAAUGGAUGGUUGCACAGUAUAUAAAACAUCCUAUAUGAAGCACUGUACUCGGCGAACAGGACCAAUUCCUCCAAGAAAUGCACUCUGCAUACCUCAAGGAUUAUUUUCCAGGGAAACUACUCAGCAGCAUGAUUACCGAUGCUGGCCCUGUGCUGGUCCUGCCAAACCCAUUGUGCCAUGUGGCAGGUCACUCCUGGGAGAGGGACCAAUGCAGUCCCUGACAACACAGCGACAUGAUUAUGUCUGCAAGUCAGGUCCUCCAGCAAUGCCCAUCAAACCACCAACAACACUGCGUUGUUCUGGCUGCCCACUUGAAGAAACUACCAUAACUCAGUUGAGUUUCCAGCGUCCAGAUCCAUGUAAGAUUGAUCCAGCUAUAUCAUAUCGCCCAUUCCGUCAUUACAAACAGCCUGAAGUUCCAAUGGAGACAUCAACUAUCCAACGCAUGAGCUAUCCUGGCUGGACACCUGGAUGUAAAGAGUUUUUCCCAUGGGCAAGCAAGGGCAAAUGGCACUGUCCCACAGUCCCUAUGGAUAAUAAUACCACGUACAACAACAGCUACUUGCUGCCGGGAGACUUUGAGCCAGCGUGCACCCUGCCAUGCUGUGUACCAGUGGUCCCUUGUGUGGUUCCUCAGUGCUGCUGUUAAGCUUCCUGUGGUCUGUGAACUCAAGACUACAAAAUUAUUUGUCUGUGUAUAAAAGUGCAUAUAAGUGAUGUGAUUAUUUGUGGUAUACAGUGAGGUCGAUUUUUUGUUACACGUCUUUAUUGUCCAUUGUAGACAUUCCUUGUGUUUGUAUCUCUGUAUUUUUGUGAUUUUAUAAAUAUAUUUUCCAUAUUCCAAUAA